ACCCGCCACGUAAGCAGUUAAUAGGAAGAAAAAUCAGGGAUCUUUUGUUUUGUGAGAGAGGGAGGAAUUGUGAUUGUGGAUCGUCCACUGGCCUUCUCGUUGCUGGAGGAGGGCGGUAACACUACUUCAACCUGGGGUGAAGGCUCCUCGCCUUUAGAUACCCUCGCCCUCGCCCUUGCAGUCCAAAACUCAAAUCUAUCUAUAUUUAAAUUCUGCCAAUCAGCAGCAGCAAUCGAUCUUUGUCAGGUUUUGAGAAGAACCCAAAUGCGUUUUUGCAUUUCCAUUCCACUUGUUCUUGCUUCAUGAACGCCUUCGCUAUGUUGGACUCUCUUGCUACUCGCCUCCGCCCUGAGGGAUAUGGUGGUCUCAACCAGAUGGUCAGUACAAGGGCUGAUCCUCGGGCAUUUUCAUGCCUGUCUCAACAUUUUUUCUCUUUGUCAUGUGACCGGCAAGUGGUUUUGCAAUCGGUGUCCUUAUGUCAUGGGAUCAGACGCUGCUUUCCAUUUACUGCUAAACUCUCAUACAGCAGACUGUUAUUAUCUCCUUUAGUUUCCAGUGAAAGAGGCUUUUACUUCUGCAAUCAUAGGCAGGCUCCAAGGGAGAGAUUCCUGGUGUGUGCAGCGCUUGAUGUUGGCAGUGCUGUUGAUGUCAUUAAUGAUUUAGGAUUGGAUACUUUGACAUUAUUAGCGGUGACCGUUUUGAUUAUCCCAGCCUUCAAAUACAUCAAAGCUAGCCCUAUUCUUGGUUUCUUCUUUGCUGGAGUUGUGCUCAAUCAAUUUGGUCUGAUCAGGAAUCUAACUGAUAUUAAGGUUCUAUCUGAAUGGGGUAUUCUUUUCUUGCUGUUUGAGAUGGGUUUGGAGCUGUCACUUGCACGCUUGAAAGCUCUUGCCAAAUUUGCCUUCGGCAUGGGAUUGACUCAGGUUGUAUUGUCCACACUUGCCUUCACAGCAUUUGAGCUUCCUCCAAAUGGGGCUAUUGGAACAAAAAUAUUGGAAUUCCUUUUUCACUCAAGGCCUGAUUUGGUGAACAUCAGAAGUGUUGAUGAAGCAAUAGUGAUUGGUGCAGCUCUCUCGCUGUCUUCUUCAGCUUUUGUUCUGCAGCUUCUUGCAGAAAAGGGUGAGCUUCCAACUAGAUUUGGCUCAGCAACUUUAGGAGUACUUCUGCUGCAGGACAUAGCAGUUGUCCCUCUCUUAGUCAUACUUCCAGUGCUGGAGAGCCAGAAUUUGGGGGAGGAGAGUAUCUGGCCAAUGCUUGCUAAAGAAAGUUUGAAGGCUUUAGGUGGACUGGGUCUGCUUUCUCUUGGAGGAAGAUAUCUUCUUAGGCGAGUUUUUGAGGUUGUUGCAGAAACGAGGAGCUCAGAAGCUUUUGUUGCUCUCUGUCUUCUUACAGUUGCUGGGACUUCACUUUUGACCCAGAAGUUGGGUUUCAGUGACACGCUUGGAGCAUUUCUGGCUGGGGCAUUACUAGCAGAAACAAAUUUCCGAACACAGAUUGAAGCUGAUAUAAGGCCAUUUAGAGGCUUGCUUCUGGGGUUAUUUUUUGUUACUACUGGAACUUCUAUUGAUAUGCAGCUUCUUUUACGUGAGUGGCCAAAUGUACUUUCACUCUUGGCAGGCUUAAUUGUUAUCAAGACAUUAAUUAUAACAGCAAUUGGCCCCCGCGUUGGACUAUCCAUACAAGAGAGUGUAAGAAUUGGAUUGCUUCUGUCCCAAGGAGGGGAAUUUGGUUUUGUUGUUUUUUCUCUAGCAAAUCGGCUUGGAGUGCUACCACUUGAAUUAAACAAACUACUCAUAAUUGUUGUGGUGUUAUCAAUGGCACUGACACCGCUACUUAAUGACAUUGGAAGGAAGGCUGCUGAUUUUAUUGGCACAAACUUUGAUGAAGACAAUAGAACUGAUGACAUGGUGAAUUUUGAUGCUAGUGAACCAGUCGUUAUCCUUGGCUUUGGGCAGAUGGGUCAGGUCCUUGCCAAUUUCCUAUCAACACCAUUGGCUUCUGGUAUGGAUGGAGAUCUUGUGGGGUGGCCCUACGUGGCUUUUGAUAUUGAUCUUUCUGUGGUGAAGGCAUCUAGAAAACUUGGUUUUCCAGUCCUCUAUGGUGAUGCAUCCCGUCCUGCAGUUCUGCUGUCUGCUGGUAUUUCAUCUCCAAAAGCUGUCAUGCUCAUGUACACAGGGCGGAAAAGGACCAUGGAGGCUGUCCAGAGGCUUCGGCUUGCCUUUCCUUCGAUUCCAAUAUAUGCAAGAGCUCAAGACCUUGCACAUCUCUUGGAUCUGAAGAAAGCAGGUGCAACGGAUGCUAUUCUUGAAAAUGCAGAGACAAGUUUACAGCUAGGUUCAAAGCUUUUGAAGGGGCUUGGUGUCAUGUCUGAUGAGGUGACGUUUCUUAGUCAGCUUGUUCGGGACUCCAUGGAGCUACAAGCAGAAGAAGCACUUGAAAAAACUGGUGAUCAAGAAUUUGAAGUUAUGAAGCCUUUGCAGGUAAGAGUUGCAGACUUAGUUGGGGCCAAAAUAUCCACUCCAUCAGCUGAAGACAGAUCUUCGGUGAUGAAGAUGAACCAGACCGAGACAAGCUAUGCCUUAAGAUUACCAGGGAAUGUAGAUCAAUCAGAGCAUGAUGAUGAUGAUGAGCUCCAACAAUCUGAGGAUUUAAAGGGCGGAGGUGUUUUAUAUUGCGAACUGGAUACAAAGAACGUUGAAGGUGCAGAUAGAGAGGAAAUCGCAGUCGAUCCAUCGAUGCCUUGUGUGACCAGAAGUGAUGGACCCUGAAGAGGAUUUAUAUAUAUAUAUAUUCUUCUUCUUCUUCUUCUUCUGUAGGUGUAGGGGAGAGGAGGGAGGGUGGAAUAGGUAUUAAGUUUUUAGUCUUAACCAAAGGCUUGUUGUGUCGAGUGUAAACGUUAGCUCAUGUGGUUCCAGCAUUGGCAACUUCGUUGCUGAAAGAGAAGUAGGUUUUAAUUUUGUGGCGCCAGCAAAAAUCAUAGGAUUGCUUUACCAAAAGAUUCCAGCAGUUUUCAGAACCACACGUGUAUAUAAAUUUUACUGAAUUUGAUAACACUAUUAGUUAGUUAUUCAACGGAAAUUGUUUGCUUUUAA